UAUAAAUCAAUCUCACAAAUCCUACAUUUUAUUAGUACCUUGUAUAUUAAUUUACUCCACCUUUUUAUUACUUUUAACAACAAUAUUUUACUACUACAGUAAAAUAGCAAGUGGGGUUGGUGUCAAUCAAUCAUAGAAAGCACCAAACCCAACAGGCGUGCGAGCACCGAAAGAUUUUAAACAAAAGAAAAAGACAAAGCAAAGAGGAUGCUUCCCAAUGUUAAUGAGUUACUGUCGGAAAACACGACCACCGUCACACCUCUUUACUUCCGGUAAUAACUAACGGAUCUCCGAUCAGUGUUAAGGUUAUUAUGUAUGUUGGGCACCUUCAGUUGUUGAUGUGUAGUUUUCUUAGGUAAAUCACUACAAUCUUUUAGGGAGUGGGCUUUGACUGAUAAAUCUCGUUACAAGUAGCUAUGCAACCCACUGGUGCAAAAGAUACACAACUCCGUGAGAGCAACAGCCAGAAGGUCCAUCCACAACCUAUGGAGGAAGCCGCAAACCAAAAUCCUGAAGCAAUUGAUGCUAUGGUAUCGAGGAUUUUUUCAAAUAUCUCCUCCCUGAAGUCUGCCUACAUUCAACUACAAGCUGCUCAUACUCCUUAUGACCCUGAUAAAAUCCAAGCUGCCGAUAAACGUGUCAUUACGGAGCUGAAGAAUCUGUCUGAACUCAAGCACUACUACAGGGAGCAUAAUCCCAAACCUGUGUGUGUUUCACCUCAGGACUCUCGCUUGGCUGCAGAGAUCCAAGAACAGCAGAGUUUGUUGAAAACAUAUGAAGUUAUGGUGAAGAAGUUUCAGUCGGAGAUUCAGAACAAAGAUUCUGAGAUUCUUCAGCUGCAGCAGCAGAUGCUAGAGGCCGAUCAGAAGCGGAUCAAAUUGGAGAAAAACCUUAAGCUCAGGGGCUUGUCAGUGAAAGAACCAGAUAAUGCAGUUGAUGAGAAUGAGCAUUUCUCCGAGGGCGUAACUCCUGAGUUUUUCAGGUCAGCCGUGGAAGUUGCUUAUAGGGCCAUUCACGACUUUUCUAAGCCAUUGAUCAACAUGAUGAAAGCUGCUGGUUGGGAUCUUGAUGCUGCAGCAAACUCCAUAGAACCAGAUAUAGUUUAUGCAAAGAGAGCUCACAAGAAAUAUGCAUUUGAAUCACAUAUCUGCCGAAGAAUGUUUACUGGAUUUCAUAAUGAAUUGUUCUCUAUGAAACAUGAGAAUUCUGCUGUCACCAAGGAUAGUUUUUACCACCAGUAUCUUGCAUUACGGGAAAUGGAUCCACUAGAUGUUGUAGGCCAAAGUCCAGAUUCCCUUUUUGGUAACUUUUGCCGGACUAAAUACUUGGCGGUGGUUCAUUCAAUGAUGGAGUCUGCCUUUUUUGGGAACUUGGAUCAGCGAAACUUUAUUAUGAGUGGUGGACACCCAAGAACAGCUUUCUAUCAGGCUUUUCUGAAACUAGCCAAGUCAAUUUGGCUUUUGCAUAAGUUGGCAUAUUCAUUUGAUCCUCCAGUUAGGGUUUUUCAAGUCAAUAGGGGAACCGACUUCUCCGAAGUUUAUAUGGCAAGCGUUCUGGAAAAUUUUACUGUAGAUGAAAACGAGGAGAAGCCUAAGGUUGGUCUGAUGGUAAUGCCUGGUUUCUAUGUCGGGGGCACUGCGAUUAAGUGCCAAGUCUACCUAACUGGCGUGAAGGUUACCGAUUGAUAUUAUGUAUAUCGUGUUUUCUGCUUUAUCAUGCCGUAUGUUUUAGCAGGUGUGUUUCUUGUUCCAUGCCGGUCGGUCUGUUGUAAAAUGUGUCUUCAGAUAGAUAUUUUAAAGAUUGUAAGUUAAGAACUUUCAUCUGUUCAAGAAAAUGAUUUUGGGAAGUAGGUGGUCUGUAUGUCAACUAUAAGUUUUCUCCCAAGCUUUUUGCCUUUAUCAAUGAAAAAAACUUCAUUUUGGUUCCAAA